AUGGUCAUCGUCACGCAGGGCGGCAAGGGCAAGAGCAGCGGCGUCAACACGCACACGGGCGCCUUCAAGGCCGGCAUCGUGUUCUCCCCCAGCCGCGUACGCCGCUUCCUCAAGAAGGGCCGCUACGCACCGCGCAUCGGCAAGACGGCGGCAGUCUACCUGGCCGCCGUCCUCGAGUACCUCGUCGCCGAGGUUGGCGAGAUCUCGGGCACCGCUGCGCACCAGCACAAGAGGCGCACCAUCUCGUCGCGCUUCAUCCAGCUCGCCAUCUCGAACGACGAGGAGAUCCACAGCCUGUGCGCCAACGUCAUCAUCAAGGACGGAGGCGUCAAGCCUCACAUCGAGCCCGAGCUCCUGCCCAAACCGCACAAGCCGCGCAAGCGCAAGCGCAAGAGCGUCAAGUCCGCCAACUCGACCGCCGACGACUACUAG